UAUAUUCGAAGAGGGACCGAGUGGGAUGGACGCGAACGAAAAGGCCAGCGCAGUCUGGUUGGCACACGGAGAACGAUGGGCGGCGGGGAGGAGCGAGCCCCGGAAGGCGAGGGUCUGUCCCUUGAGGAGUCGGAGCGCUCCUCCCUGAGCCGCAAGUGCUAAGCAUCAUUCGCACACUCUUGCUGCCACUGCGACGACACACGACCCAAUAAUGAGGCCCGACGAGGACAGCGCCGUGUCCAUCCAGAGGGGUCCCACCUGCGAAUGGUCUAAGCAGGAAGCCAUGUCGUUGUCCCCGACGACUAGCGUGACCCACAAAAUGGAAGGCUGCGCCAAGCAUAGCGGUGACAAAAAACCCUGCCCCGUGCACACGGCAGCUUUGGGCGACACCAAGCGGGCCUUCCGCAAAAGCAGACACAAUGACUACGUUAAGAUCUCCAUGAAGGAGGCCGACGUCAUCCGCCUGCCACCCGAGUGGUGGAAAACCACGCUUCUCUUCUUCUACGCCGGCUUCAGCCUAUUGCUGACCACGGCCGUCAUCACUGUGGUCCACGAAAGAGUUCCGCCCAAAGAGAACAUCCCGCCUCUGCCUGACUCCUUCUUUGACUACAUCAACGAAGUCAAGUGGGCCUUCACUGUUACGGAGGUUAAUGGCAUCGUGCUGGUUACCAUUUGGUUCCUGCAACUCUUCUUCUUCAACCACAAGUCCAUAGUAUGCCGACGCUACUUCUUCCUGGUGGGGACCUUGUACUUGUACCGCUGCAUCACCAUGUACAUCACCGUCCUGCCUGUACCUGGUAUGCACAUCACCUGCGCGCCCAAGCUGUACGGAGACUCGUACGGCAAGGUUCAGAGAGUUCUGAAGUUGAUUUCUGGAGGAGGGAUGUCCAUUACCAGUUCCCACAUUAUGUGUGGAGACUACCUGUUCAGUGGACACACCGUGAUGCUCACCCUCACCUACCUGUUUAUCAAGGAAUACUCCCCUCGCUCGUUCUGGUGGUACCACCUGAUGUGCUGGUUGCUGAGCGCCGUGGGCGUGGUGUGCAUCCUGGUGGCACGCGAGCACUACAGCGUGGAUGUGGUGGUGGCCUACUUUGUCACAACGAGACUCUUCUGGUGGUACCACAGCAUGGCCAACACGCAUUGUCAGUGUUCACCCCACAACUACCUCAGCAAUCCCUUUUGGAACCCGCUGUUCAACUUCAUGGAGAGGAACGUGAAGACACAUGUGCCGUGCGUGUACGGCUGGCCCAUCAGCUGGGCGCCCGCCUGCCUGAAGAACCCCUGUAAGAAAUAUUCCAUGGUACAGAGCACACGUGAUGAGUGACAGACUCAGGGUUGGGGUGGAGUAU